AAAAGUUGCCAUUCAUGCUUGUUGAUAAAUAUUUUCAAAAUGUGUGAGGUUACAACCGAUAAUUUUAAUAGUAUCUAUAAAGACAUUGAAAAUGCAAUUAUAGAAUCAAAAUUCGUUACGUUAGAUUUGGAGUUUAGUGCGUUAUCUUUUUCUAGUAAAUUAAAUAAUAGUCUUUUUGAUACCCCCGAGUGUAGAUAUCAUAAACUGAAGGAAAUAUGCGAUGGAAUUAUCCCAACGCAAAUAGGAAUAUCCGCUUUUACAUUUAAUCCCGAUAAAAAUUCCUAUUUGAGUAAUACCUUUACGUUUUACACCUUUCCUAGAGUCUUUUUUAAUUUAAAUCCUAGUUUUAUCUUUCAGAGUUCUUCUGUACAGUUUUUGUGUAACUAUAAAUUUGAUUUUAACAAGUUUGCUUACAAGGGAAUUUCAUUUAUAAAUAGAACUCAAGAAAAUGAAAUAAAAAAUUGUUUAAAUAAAAGAUUGUAUUUGAAUAGUGAUGAAAAUGAAUUAGAGCAGUUAGUAGAGGACACAAAUAAUGAAAUUACACAAUUUUUAAAGAAUAAUAAUGUUGGAGAUACUCAUAUUUUAAAAAAUAUACCUAUAAAGUAUCGUUCAAGCUUUGAUAUAAAGUAUUUGUUUCAUAAUGCUGUCAGAGAUAAAUUUAAGAACGAGAUAUGGACUUUUGAGAAGGAUAACCAAUUUUUAAUUGAAAAAAUAUCACCUAGUCAAUAUGAGUAUUUAAAAAAUCAUUGUAAAUUAAACCAAGAUUUGUUGGAUAACAUGUUGGGGUUUACCAAAGUUUUUAGAUUGCUUACAAAAUAUAACAAACCCAUAAUAGGUCAUAAUUUAUUGAUGGAUUUAAUGUUGCUUUAUAAAAGCUGCGAAAAUACACUCCCCAAUUCAUAUUUAAUAUUUAAAAAAGAAAUUUCUAAAUUAUUUCCAACAAUUUUUGAUACAAAAUCAAUAAGUUUUGUGUUGAAACGGUCUAUACCAGAAAAUAAAUAUUGGUUGCGCAACAGUCUUCCACACCUUUACACAUACUUCAAAGAUGGUUAUGGAAGACAUUUAGCUUUUAAUUCACCAUUAAUCGAGCUAAGUAAACCAAAAAGUAGCGAUAGUUUCCACGACGCCGGAUGGGAUUCUUAUAGUACGGGAUAUAUUUUUAUUCGUAUGGCUCAUAUUAUGGCAUCAGAAAAAUAUGUCAACACAGAAUACAAAACUUUUAUGAGUGCUGAAUUAUUUGCCGCUAUUGAUCCUUUAAAAAACAAACUCAAUUUAAUUAGAUGUUCCGUAUCGCAUAUUAAUUUAGAUGGUGAAGAUCCUCCUUCUACUAGACCUGCUUUAUUAGUUGUGGAAUUUCUUGAAAAAAAAACGAUGAAUAUUACUAAGGUUACUGGACUGUUGAGUAAUUGUGGUUUCGUCGAGGUUAAACCGUAUGGAAGGAAGCGCGCCAUUGUGGCUGUUGACAAUUUUGGAAGCGCUAGAAGAAUCCUCUCCAAAUUCAAAAAACACAACGAUUUUAGUAUAACAACUUAUAGCGCAAUCAAACAUUCACCAGUAAUAAGAGCAGUAAUGUGGGGUGGUGUUGUAGCAUCAGGGGCGAUUUUGAUGUGGCUAGCAACGAACCUGAAGAAAUAAAAUAUUUAAGUUUAUUUAAAAGUAAAAUAAAGAUUUAUUCAUGUAUCUUUAA